GCGGAGGCAGCCGCCGGGCAUUUGUGUGGUCUCGUCGUCAGCGCAGCCGGGCCUACACGCAAGCAACCAUGUCUAAGGGACCUGCAGUUGGCAUUGAUCUUGGCACCACCUACUCCUGUGUGGGUGUCUUCCAGCAUGGAAAGGUGGAAAUUAUUGCCAAUGACCAGGGUAACCGCACCACGCCGAGCUAUGUUGCUUUCACGGACACAGAGAGAUUAAUUGGGGAUGCGGCCAAGAAUCAGGUUGCAAUGAACCCCACCAACACAGUUUUUGAUGCCAAACGUCUGAUCGGGCGUAGGUUUGAUGAUGCUGUUGUUCAGUCUGAUAUGAAGCACUGGCCCUUCAUGGUGGUGAAUGAUGCAGGCAGGCCCAAGGUCCAAGUGGAAUACAAAGGGGAGACAAAAAGUUUCUACCCAGAGGAAGUGUCCUCCAUGGUUCUGACAAAGAUGAAGGAAAUUGCAGAAGCAUACCUCGGAAAGACUGUUACCAAUGCUGUGGUCACAGUGCCNGCUUACUUCAAUGACUCUCAGNGACAGGCAACAAAAGAUGCUGGAACUAUUGCUGGCCUCAAUGUACUUCGAAUCAUCAAUGAACCAACUGCUGCUGCUAUUGCUUAUGGCUUAGAUAAGAAGGUUUUUAAUGAACUGGUUAACCUGGGCAACAUGAACUUAUCAAGGAUGCUACGACCACUAUAG